CCUCUCCUCCCCUUUAGCUCAUUCCCUUGCUUCCUUUUUUUUUUAUUCUUCUUUCCUUUACUCAUUCCUUCUCACCUCAUUGUCUUCAACUUCUUCAUCCUCUUUUUCUUGAUAGCACUGUUUAACUGUCCACUCUCACCUACUCUUCUAUCAUCACUAUCGCCACUAUCGACACAUUCACCCUGUCCUCUUUCCUUCUGUCUUCUCGCUCGAUUGUAGUUUUGUAGCUGUCGCUUAUGAGUACCAACCUACCCCCUAUCGUUAUUGCCGGAGGAGGAGGAGUGGGAGUAGGAGGAGAGAGUCUUGGGUCAUUGGCCUCCCCGCUCCUCGUCUCCUCGACCACCCACCAUGCCCACAACCGACACCUCCACCACAGCAACAAUUCCUCUUCUGCAACAACACCUGGCCACAACGCUUCUUCACCUACUUCAACAGGACUCGGAUCAAUACCCAUACGACUCAUCCAAUACGGUCUCUCGGUCCUUAUGCGGAUCAGGGCCAUGUUGCCGGCCAUCCUUCGUCCUUGGUUCUGGGUUGGACUCUGGCUAGUCUUUCUGAUCGUCAGUAUUGCUAUCUUUGCAGGAUUCCAUACGCGAAUCUUUGAGAUGUUGGAAACCAUGGCCACCUUCAUCAAGGGUCUCGGACAAGCUGGUCCUCUCAUCAUCAUGCUCGGUCUUUUUUUGACUUCAUUUCCUCCCUUAGUCGGAUACUCGUCCCUGGUAACCAUGUCAGGGUACGUGUAUGGAUUCUGGUUUGGGCUGUUGAUCGCAUACAGCUCGGCCCUGUUGGGAUCCAUCACAUGCUUCUACCUAUGUCGUAAAUGGUUCAAGGUCCAAGUCAGGGCCCUCAUGGCCAAGAAGCAGAGCAUGAAGUCUGUCGUCAAGGCUGUCGAGAAGCGGGGAUUCAAGCUGAUGCUAUUGAUCCGUCUGGCGCCCUAUCCUUUCAACGUCAUGAACGCCCUCCUCUCCGCAACCCACAUACCGCUCUCGACCUUUGCCAUCGCCACUGCGAUCUCGCUCACGAAACUCGCCCUUCAUGUCUACAUCGGAUCCACGCUCUCAUCCCUCGCCAUCCUUCCGCCUCCACCCACCGACACCAACGGUCCCAAUAACGACGACGGCAGCACGCCCUUGCCCACGGACGACGCGAACUCACAUGGCAGGAACCUUAAGAUCGUUGUCAUGGCCAUCAGUAUGGUUCUUGGAAUAGCUGUCGGAGCCUAUGUCUGGAUCGUUGCCAAGCGUGAAAUCGAAGCCAGUGAGGGCGUACGCAUCGAACGACGCAGGAAGAGAAGAGAGAGCUUGAGACAGAGUCGAGGAUCGAAACGCUCUUCCUCUGGAGGGGUCGCAGCUGGUCGUGGAUCAGGAAGGGUGUCCAAUGUGGCGGUGGCUAGUAAUAGCAGCUAUCUCCUGGCAAGGGGAGGAUCAUCUGAAAGGUUCGAUCUGCUGGGUCAAGACAACAGCGAUGCCGGUGUCUCAGUCGUGGAUCUGCCAUUAGGAAGUGGGUCAGGAUCGGAUUUCGUGGGCGAUGCGUUUGUUAACCAUGAAUACCUGGACGACGAUGAAACAGGACAGGAAGAUCAGGCCCUUGUUGGCGGAAACGGGGCACAAAUGCAUAACCGCCGGCACUCGUUGUCAGGGACAGCAGCCAUGGCGGGUCGAAUUGAUUAUUGUAGCGACUCUGAAGAGUCCGAUUUUUUGGACGAUGAGGAUGAGGAUAUGAGCGAUAUGGAGCGUGGAGUCGGCGAUGGCGGCGAGUCCUUUCAACUUCAUGCCACAGGGAUGGAUAUCAGGAGUCCGCAGCCAUCACCCUCGCAUCCUCUACGGAACUCACGGGGGACUGGGCAAGAGAGCAUGGGCUGGUUUGCAGAGAAUGGUAUCGACAUUAGCGAUGGAAGGUGAUGAACAGACCCUGCCUUAGCUAUCCAACCAGUGCCAUAAACCUCCAGUACGAGAUCUACACAGGAUAACGUUCUUGUUUUUGUUUGAAUGGCGCAGAAAAAAAAUAUUACUGGAACUCAUCCUUUGUAUUUCAACCCCAUUUACAAUUAUAUUCUUUUGCUGUCGCUACAAUUUUUAUUGCGCUGGAUCGCUGUGCUUUGUACUCUGUACCGAACUCAUAACCAUUCAAAAACAACAAGAAAAAAAAAA